AAAUUGUCAGUAUAAUCCCUCGAGAGCAGGAACUCUUGGAUCAGUUGGCCGAGUUACAAAAGAACCUUGUUUCUAUAUAUGAAUUUGACGUUGUAGUUCAUCCAAAGCGAAAGGGUUUUAAAUGGGUUGCAAAUAUAGAGCAGGUGACCCUUUGUAAUCUUAAAGAAACUAUAUUUGCCAUAUAUAAGACUCAAGAACUUGAGGAAAAGUUAUUUGGAACAAGGAAGAACAUCACUUUCACUGUAAUUAUAGAAACAACUUUGUCCUUUGCACUUUGGACUUUCCCAAAAAUGUGCCAGCUCUAUGGGCUUGGUAAUGAUAAUUCGCUUUCUGUAUUCCCUUUAUUUGCUUGUGAAUGUAUCGAAUUGAAUAAAUAUGCAAAGUCACAAGAAAUAAUCAAACAUCUUAUUGAUGACCUGGAGUUCCGUUUCAAUACUAUUCCCAUUGGAAAUGAAGCAUCGAAAAGUCAAUAUGUUUGCGCAUACCUGGUGGCUGUUGCAAAUCUUUUGAAAUUUAAAGUCCGUCUAGAGAAGAAUGUCUCUGGUCAAAAUGACCAUGGUCCCGUUGAUUUUGCUUUUGUUUCAAUCCAGACUUCUCGAGUGGUUGGUAUCACCGAAGUCAAGGAUAAAGAUUUUCUGCAAGGUGUUGCUCAGAAUGCAGUACAAUGUGAAUCAGCUUUAUCAAAUAACAAUAAAAGGGUUUUUGGAAUCAUAACUGAUUCUGAGAAGUGGCUUUUCUUGGAAUGUUCAUUAGACAAUGAAGGAAAACCGAAGUUUAAACUUUCAAAACCAAUGGUCGUUGUAUAUGGAGAUGUAGAUAUGGAAGACAGAGUAAAGAAAGUUCUUGGUAAUAUUGCGUGGUUACUGGAGGAAACUCAAAGGUUGGAUGAGCCGAAGGAUGAGAACCUCAAAGACUAG